CUCUAGCGGCUGUUCCGCCCGCUGGGCCAGGCUGUGGUCGCUGCAGUGGCGUUGCACGCUGGCACUGCUGCGCAUCCACGGCCACUUUUGCGGGGCAGGUUGGCCGCCAAUGCCCACACGGGGCUGGACGCGUUACUGCGUUGUCACCAUGAUACUGCUUAGCACCCUGAAGAUCGCGUGCCUGCUGAUCCAUCCUUCCGACAACGUGAAAGCCGUCGGCGGGACCUUUGUGGCGAUGCUAGUUGCCGUGGACCUCGUAGCCAGGUGCAUGCUCUCCAUAGUGCUCCAGGCAUUGUUGAUCCGGCGCCGCUUCGAGCUUGCCGCCUUGGUGGAAUGUGUGGUGAGCUACAUGUCAUGCCGGGGGCCUUCCCUUUCCUCUUCACGCUGCAUGGCUCUGGUGCUGGCAUGGUUUUUGGCGAGUUCAUUCUUUCUUACGAUCCUCGGCCUCAUCGCGGCCAGUUAUGUGUGGACUGCCCCAUCUUUGACGACCGUCACCUACAUCGUAACCGAACUGAUACCGACGCAUCAUACAACGCUCGUUGAAAGUGCCAUGGCGGCACUGCUUGGCAGUUGCGCGUUUCUUGGCCGCGACGCUGCUGAUGACGUCCGGGACCAGAUCGGCUCCUUGGCCAGCCGAAUAAGGAAAGGGAUGAGUGUGGAGGCGGACGUUGUAACCGCGCUUGAGUUGCGGGAACUCCGGACGCGACAGCAAGCGCUUCAUGAAGUGGUGCGGGCCAGUAACAACGCGCAAGGUGGUGCCAAACUGUGCUGCGUCUUUGUCACCGUGAUGGAGGCCGCCGUCAGCUCGUUCAUCGGCAUCGCACACUCGAAUGGCAUCACGACGGUGUUUUGGAGUACUGCCAUCAUCUCGAAGUUCAUAUCCUGCUGCAUUCUCGGCCAACAACUGUGUGACAACCAUUCAAGAAUAUCAGACACUCUUCAGGGGUUCCUGGUGACCUGCUCUUCGAUUCCCAAAAGAAAAAGGAGAGAAGUGCAGGGUUUCCGCCAUCAGCUUGAGAUGCAGGACUGUCGGUGCGGGAUCUUCGACCUCCUGUACUUCGACUUCACGACAAUGAAAGCGGUUAUUGGCACUUACAUGACCUGCUUGGUCAUUCUGUCACAGUUUGAUUACCAAUAAAACAAAAGUAAUGAACGAAAGACCUCAGCCAAAAUUAUUAUUCCUUCAUAUAAAGUGUAAGAUUCGCAUAAAAGAUGCUUGAAAUUUCGCGUUCCACAACAAAAAGAUUAAAUCUGAAAAUUUCACUGUCACUUUAU